GUUAAAAACCUUCUUUGAACGUUCCUCUGGUUUCCCAAAAAGCGACGGACAGCAGAGCGAAGAGGGAGUCAAAUCUCGAAGGUCAAAGUUGAGGGCCAUGGCUCGUGGGCAGCAGAAGAUUCAGUCUCAGCAAAAGAACGCAAAGAAGGCAGCAGAGAAGAAGAAAGGUCAGGGCGCUGACCAGAAGACUGCAGCGAAGGCCGCGCUGGUCCACACCUGUCCUGUCUGCCGGACGCAGAUGCCUGACCCCAAAACCUUCAAGCAGCACUUUGAGAGCAAACACCCCAAGUCUGCCAUGCCUGCUGAGCUGGUGGAUGUUCAGGCGUAAAGACCUGCUGAGAGGACCUGAACCUGGU